GAUUAGGUACCUGAGUACAUGCUCCUACCCACAUUUAAGAUACAUCUACAAGGUAUUUGUGGGCAAAAAAACCCUUUGCCUGAGCAGCCACCAUCCAUUCACCAUAAACACAUUCCUCAAGUUAGGUUCCGCAGCUGCAACCAGCUGCGAUUAUCACCAUCUACCAAAACCCUUCGUCGACCUGACGACCAACUGCCAGCCAGCAGGCCAACAGGCGACAUCAAACCCAAUACUUGAUACUUGCUGGUGUAGUGGUUAUGAAAGGCAUCAUCACACCUGCGCGAGGCCGUCCGGCCAAGGUCACUAAAUCGACUGCCAGCCCGCGCCCCCGUACCGUGCGUCGGGGCGAUACCGUCCCCAAUCAAGAUCCUGACCUCGAGGGUCCCAUUGUAGACGAAGAAGAGAUCGACAACCAGGACGUCAAUGUCGACGUCGACGCCGAGAACGAACAAGACCACACCCAGGAAGAACAUCAUCACCAACAGCAACAACUUCAACACCAACAACAGCAGCAUCUACAACCACAACACCAUGCUGACUUUGACUCAGAGGCCUCUGCGGCAGCGGCAGCGGCGGCUGCUGCUGUUCAUCACCAGCAACAGCAGCAACAACAACAGCAGCAGCAGCAGCAACAGCAACAGCAUCAUCACCAACAUCACCAACAGCAGCACCACCAACCCCUAGACUUGACCGCAGCCAGUAUCCUCGCGAGCAGCGUUAACCCUAACGACCAGCCACACCAUCCGGAUCUAGGCGGUCCUCAUGAAACACCUAUGGAUGCACCUCCAGCCAACGUGAACACCACCGAGAACUUAGCUCAGGAGUCUGGAUACUCCAAUGUGGUCGUUGAAAGUGCCCUCGCUAAGCGCCUAGCAAGAGAACCUGGCAUGCGUCUUGCUCAGCAACGACGCCCAGAACAGGCUCUGAACCUGCAACGACGUAGUAAUGUUGAAGCUUUGUUUGCUCACAUUGCCGGUGAAGCUGCCCCUAUACCGUGUAAGAAUUGCCACAAGGGUCACGGCCCGUGGACGACAUGUGUUGUCGUAGACGGCCAAAUGUGUGGUAGCUGUGCCAAUUGUUGGUUUAAUGCCUCGGGAGCCAGAUGUUCUUUCCACGAAACUCGGAAUCCUGCCACACAUGCUGCCCAAGUCUUAGCAGGCGAUGCUAUGGGCUUUCAACUGCCUCCCGCACCACCUCAGGCCAUGGCUCCCUUCAAUUUCGCGUCGAUUCCGGCAUCUUCUGACCCUGUCGUUCGCUAUACAGUGGAGCAAGCCAUGGCCCAAGUCCGAGGCGCUGAUAAGAAAACACGGUAUAUGCUUAUGAUUGAGGCAGCGGCUCGCCAGCUUGCUUUUCAAAUUGCUAUGUAUGAAGAUACGGUCCAAGAGGAACAGCAACAACAAGGCCCGCCACCUGCUGUCAUGAAUGAUCCCGAAGCGCCUUAGUAAAGCCCGGUUCACAAGGCGGCCAGCUCUGCUUCGUUCUCUUUGAUUGAGCCUAUGAGCCAUGCUAGUCAUCCUAACCAACCUUGGGUCCUGAAACGAGGCGAGAAGUUGAAGAUCUUUUACAUUUCGCUGGACCGAAUCGGAUGUGCGGAUAAACUUCAACGUAGAGUCUGAAGAACUCUGGUUGUUAAAAUUCUCUCAAACCCAAGGAUUCUGGAUCUAGACUUCACUCCCACUCUAAACUACUUCUGAACUAAAUAUAAUGACCUCACCCGGCACCUAUCGAGUGCCUAACUAGGCUUC